AUUGGCAUACGUGUCGGGGUGAUAUAAACGAAUUUAGAAAUUAAUAUUAUUUACAUAGUUCCACAUUAUUUAACCGCUAUAGCAAGGAUAAAUCAUGAGUAAAUGUUUAGUUACCUCAAUUGUGCUGCUUUGUUUUCUACAAACAACAUUUGGCCUUUACUUCCACAUAGCAGAAACAGAGCGAAAAUGUUUUAUAGAAGAAGUUCCUGAUGAGACCACCGUCAUCGUGAACUACAAAGUGGAACUAUACGACCCGCGUUCUAAUGGUUUUAUGCCCUCCUCUCCUGGUAUUGGCAUGCAUGUGGAAGUACGUGAUAGCGACGAUAAAAUUAUACUCUCGCGUGUUUAUAGUUCGGAAGGUCGCAUCUCCUUCACUUCACAUAUACCCGGUGAACAUGUUAUUUGCAUGUAUUCGAAUAGCACAGCUUGGUUUAGUGGUGCACAAUUGCGUGUCCAUUUGGAUAUACAGGUGGGCGAGCAUGCCAUCGAUUAUGCGAAUGUCGCACAAAAAGAGAAAUUGACUGAAUUACAAUUGCGCAUACGUCAAUUACUUGAUCAAGUGGAUCAAAUCACCAAGGAGCAGAACUAUCAACGUUAUAGGGAGGAGCGUUUCCGUCAUACAAGUGAAAGCACCAAUUCGCGCGUUUUAUGGUGGUCGUUGGCACAAACUUUUGUUUUGGUCUGUAUGGGAUUCUGGCAGAUGCGACACUUAAAGAGCUUCUUCGAGGCGAAGAAACUAGUGUAAAGAUUUAUAACCAACGAAUUGCGGGUGGAUACGAAGACAGUACGAAGGCGAAUUGUUAUAAUUAGUAAAAGUAAUUUUUGAAUAUACAUCCACUCACAGAAGUUAUACGAAUUAAAAUAUUCAGAAUAUAUGAUUUGUUCAUUAGCAACAGUUUUUCGAUGUGCCAACGUAUAGAAAAACUAAUGUCGCCACUAACCAAGCUCAUCCAUUUCAUUUUUUCUCAAUCUCAGUUGCUUAUCAAUACAAAUUCUUAUACCAGCGUGAACCGUUUUGCAAAGAAUUGCUCAGACAAAAAUUAUAGUACUUUAUAAUAUAGUAAAUUUAUUCUGUAUAACCAUGCACUUUUUUUUUUUUUUUUUUUGAAUCCUCCCCUUUUCUGUUUCAUAAUUCUUAGUAAUAAAAAAAGUAAAUUUAAUUAUAUAUGAUGUAAUGUUUUAUUAUGAUAACUGUAAGUGCGACAUUCUCCCGUGCAAUGGACUGUGACUCAGAGCACAGCAGCAGUAGUACGCUAAACAUUUCACUGAUUGUCUUGAGAAAAGCAUUAUUUACAAUACUUUAUCUGCAGACCGCGUGACUUGUAAUCAACACACUUACAUGCAGACAUAUAUUUUUUAUAUUUACAUAUUUUAUUUUAUGGAUUAAUUCUGAAAUCUCUGUUGAUGGUAAGCACAUUUAACCACAUAAAUUACCACCCUAACGGGAAGAUAACCGUUACAAUAAAAACAAUAAAAUAAA